AUGGAAGAUCUCCACCUCAUUGACUUUGUUGAACUUGAACUGAAGUCAAAAGGAGGGUUUUCCAAAGCUUAUGACAUAGCCAUGUCAUCUGGUUUGGAAAAAUACUUGACGAAAUUUUUAGUCAUCCAACCUGGCGAUUGGCCUUGUCAGUUCUAUUGCAGGCAAUUAGUAUACCAGUCCCUUCCUCGACACAGUAAAGCUAGUACAUCCACUCAAGAACACCAGUCAUCAACUGAUAUGGUAAAAGGUAACUUUCCUCCAGUGACAUCCCUUAUUCCAACAAUGGGACCAUUGCACAUCUCCCUAAACAGUAGAGAACAUGUUUUUGAAACCUUUAAACCCUUUUUUAAAACAGUAUAUAAUGAUCUAUUCCCUAGUAGUAAACUGGCAGACAAACCCAAACCCUGGAGAAUUAACUUAAUACUAGAAACAGUGUAUGGUGGUUGGACACUAAUUCGACAACAAGUGAUGGCAAAAUUUAAGAACUCAAAGGAUUAUCAGUAUGGAGUACUUUUUAACUUGUUAGAUAACUACCUUCCUCUGGUUCUCACCAUUUACACUUUUAUUUUAACAUUCAAACAAAACAAUUUCAGAGAAUAUUUCAAUGCUAUGAUUCGUAUCUGGGUCAUGUUUUUGUGCUUCAAGAGACGUCAUUACAACAAAUCCCCCCUAGUCUGGUUGUCAAACACAUGUCACUGGAAGGACAAACACAAGGAACUUUAUGAACAAUUUUGUACAUGGCCCACAAUUUAUGAUGAGUAUCCAGUUGAAAACACUCACAGCAUAAUUAGAGCUCAGACCAAGCCUUCAGAUACUGCCAACAAACUUCAACAAAGAGCAAAAACCAUCUUUGAGUCAAAGACCAAACAAGCAAACUUCAGAUCAACAUUUACCCCUCCAAAGCAAUUCAGUUUCUCACAACAGCAAUUGGAUUACUUAAAAGUGAAAUGUGCAGCAACUUUGACAAACAUUUUUACCACGAUAAGCAAGAAUAUUAAUGUGGCCUCAACCACUGUUAAACGAGGAAAGAAAUAUGUGCAUUUACCACAUAUAUUUGGACAUGAAUCAAUACCAUACACAGUUCUUCCACUAGGUUUAAAUGCUUGCCAGGAGCCAGAUCAAGAUUGCAUGUCCGACCUCAACUCAUGCACAGUCGACAAUGAUGAUGACCCUUGGAAGGUUUUCCACGGUUGUUGGCAUUCAUUUCAUGAACGCUGCCACAAAGGAUCACCAUUCUGUCCAAUAUGCCAGAAGUUACUAGAAAGCAAAACAAAGGAGCUAGGAAAUAUAGCCAAAGCAGCAAUUCUCAACCCAGAACCAGACAGGAUAACCGAGUCAGUUCCCGAGUCUGAUGAUCAUGAUGAAAGUUCCAUGAUGGAAGCUCCACCUUCUGAAAAUACUGAGAAAUUAGAUGAAGAAAUUAAGGUCCUAAGUAAAAAAAUGGUAAACCUGGCCUCCCCCCUCCCCCCCCCCAAACCCCUUUAUCACCACAAACCAAGAGAAUCAUCACAAGAUAGACAUAUCCCACCUCCAACCUCAAGCAGACCAUCAAGACCCAGUUCAAGUACACCAUCAAGAGCCAGUCGUCUAAGUACACCAUCAAGAGCCAGUUUAAGUACACCAUCAAGACCUAGUUCAAGCACACCAGCAAGACUCCUGAGUUCAAGCACACCAUCAUCAAGACCCAGUUCAAGCACACCAUCAUCAAGACCCAGUUCAAGCACACCAUCGAGACCCAGUUCAACCAAAGAUAAAUGCCAGCCUCUAAAGGAAAUACAAAAUAUACACCAACAUCAACAUUCAAAUGUCAGUGGAUUUACUGAAUGGCUUCUACCAUCAAAUGUGUGCCAAACCAACAUCACUGGUACACCUAUGGCAAGCAAUGCUUGCACGAUUAUUGCAUCACUGUGGUGCUGGAGGUUCUUGUUGAAUAAAUUUGAUAUAUCAUCAUGUAAACCAGGCAUAUUUGACGAUAUUAUGAGCUACCAACAAACAAUAUUCACUGGUAAUGUGCUAUACAAUAGCCUCAAUCUACCACCUCAUCAACCUAAUUUAGAAGUUCGAGAUGUUAUACUCAGAAUUAAAGAUUUAAAACUGAAAAUUUUGAAUGAUGUUGGAUUCUUUAGUGUAGACCCAACUGAGAGAAGUAUUCAUCAAGAUGCUAGAAGAAGGCUGCAAGCAUGCUGGUGUGUUCAUCAUUCCACCUGCCAAUUCAGUGGCAGUGCUGAUUGA